AUGGUGGGGCGGCGGGCGGAGUGUGCACUGCUGCCUCUUGCCUGCCUGCCGAAGGUGUGUUUGUGCUGUUAUGCCCUCUGGCUUGGCUGCCAGCUUACUCCCAGUGAUCUGAGCCAGGAGGCAGACUGCGCGAGGCAUACCGAUCACCUUGGCCAGAGCCGAUCCUUUGAGCUCUCUCUGGCAUCUUUCUCCCUUCUGCCAGCUUCCUCCUCGCCUGCCUCUUCUGAAGUUGACAACAAAGACAUCCUCCGGGUCCUGCUUGAUGAACAGCCCACGGAGCUGCACGUGGCGGGAGAGGAGGCGAGAAGGAGACGCUUGGUUUGUCGGUCAGGCUUUGACAGAGGGGUGACAUAG